CCCAUCGCUAAGGUUUGCUCAGGCGCGACAACCUUGACAUUCCCUCGCACUUUUGUCGGCAAGGGGUUGACUCCCAUAACGAACGUUUUGGAUUAAGUAUAACAACUUCUCUUCUUUUAAGACGACGGUCACAGGGAGCGCGCAGGUAAACUGUAGGCUAUGUUAUUGCUGCUGGCACGUUCGGUGCAGCCCUAUAGCUGCUAGUCAGCUGUUAGAUCUUUCAAAAUACACCCUCCCUACCUAUGCAGCUGCAGCCGAUGCUACUGUUUAGGGGGGAAAUUACUAAAGACUAAAUUACAUGUGUAGGGGUCUGCAGAGAAAGUUAACUGGUCAUGCCUAAACUAGGAUAAUUGAUGUUCUAAGGUCAUUCCGUGGACAGAAGAGCGUAAAGAACUCUGGUCUGAUGUUUGAAACAUGGAGAAACAACCGCUUGUAACGACGCUCAGCUUGUCCAUGAGCCUUCUUUCUCUCAUUUUACUGGUCACCGCUAUUUUCACCGACCACUGGUAUGAAACGGACACAAGGCGACACAAAGAGAACUGCGAUCAGUAUGGCACUGACUCCAACGAUCAGAAAAACAGGGAGAUGCCCAUUUAUCACCUGCCGUUGGUUGACAGUGGCAACCCCAGGCGCAACCUGGCUCUAAUGAAACCUAUUCACGUUGGGAGUCGAGAAGAGGAAUUGCUCGAAAAUUGGAGGGCGAUUUUAGGGAUGGGGAUUCUGGAGACGGAGUGUGGGAGACCGCUGUUCUCCACCUUCUCUGGUCUGUGGCGCAAAUGCUACUUUCAAGGCAUUGACCGGGAUAUUGACAAACUAAUAUCAAAAGGUAUUGCAGAUCGUUGCACUACUGUAAAGUAUCACUUUUCCCAGCCCAUCCGGCUCAGGAACAUCCCCUUGAACCUCACCAGAACCAUCCAACAGGACGAGUGGCACCUCCUGCAUCUGCGGCGAAUCACAGCAGGAUUCCUAGGGAUGGCUGCUGCCGUACUGCUGUGCGGGAGCAUCGUGGCAACGGUAGGAUUCUUCUGGGAGGAGAGCCUAACCCAGCAUGUCUCUGGCCUCCUCUUUCUCAUGGCAGGAAUUUUCUGCACCAUAUCGCUGUGCACAUACGCAGCAAGCGUGUCCUACGAACUUGCCCGAAACCCACCGUUUAUCUACGGUCUACCCAGUGAUGUAGACCAUGGCUACAGUUGGUCAAUCUUCUGUGCUUGGAUCAGCCUGGGUCUUAGUGUUGCCUCUGGGUGCCUCUGCACAACAUAUCCCUUCCUGAGCCGCAGUAAGGCCCUUCAGUCCAAAACUGCUCGGGAAUCUUCAGUAUGAACAGCUGCCGGUACACUUGAGGAACCAUUCCAGCUCAGGUUCUGCUGAGCAGUGAAGAUGGAACUUUGGAAUACUCACAGCAACAGUUUGUUUCAAUCUCUGAAAUUUCAUAGAAAAUGUAAAUUGUUUCCUGUAAGAGACUGGUAUCCCAGCCUUGGCAAAGUCUUGGCAGGCACAAGUCCAUUACAUAGGCUAGUAUUGCUACACAUUAAGGUGAUAAUGCAGUGCGCCAGUGUUGCAAAAUGUCAUCUAAGGCCUAUUACAGUAAUCCAUGUAUGCCAACACAAAGUCCUUCUAAGCACACGCAUACUGUAUACACACGCAUUGACUUUAAUUCUAAAUCAUGUUUAUGUAAAAAGUAAACAGUACCAAUCACACACAAACAUUAUGAGUAGGAAUACUAUUUAUGGGACUUUUCAUAUGAAGCCAGGUGUUGUGGCUGAAUAUUAAAUGGUCUUUACAUAUUUUGUCAUGUGACACACAACAGAACUAAUGUGGAACAGGUUUUGAUAUCAAGUGUUAUAAUUUAUUGUAUGCGGCAAAGUGGAUUUUGUUUAUGUGUUAGUAUUCAGGACUUUAGUUCCAUUGAUUACCAAGGUCAAAAACCUUUUUCCUUGUUGAAUAUUAAUCAGACACUCAAGGUUUGGCCUACGUGACAGCUGGAAAAGAUGUAUAUGUAAGCUGUGCACUGUAUGUAUAGCAUUGACUAUCAAUUGUUUUUAUUGUUGAACAAGAUCAAAUGCUGCAAGACAUUAUUGGUGACGUGGACACAUCUGGUAGAUAACAAACAAAAGAAUGUGAUGGAAAAAAGGGUUAUGGUUAAGUUCUUAAAAAUAGCCAUCCCAGCCCAAAUUAAAUGUAUGUUGCAGUUUAAAACUAGAAAAGGAAACAAAGCAAAAGAACAGAGAACUGAACUGUCUGAGAACUGUGAGUGACAGCUGUUGCUCAGGGCAACGCUGUUUAAUGAUGUUUAUUGAUCAAUUGAACCUUCAUUGUGGACACUUCAGCCUUUACUUAAAUGUUGAUCUAAUCACAAAGACACUUCUCAUUACUUCUGAGCUCAUAGACAAAAUAAAAGUAUUUGAACUGUAAAUAUAAUUAAUUCAGUAUCACAGUUUUCUAAAUUCACACAUAUUGUCCUACUGGCUAGUUUGUCUAAUGCACAAAAUACAAAAUCACAUGGGUGUUGUUGCAAUACAGACAUUUUACCAAGCACUUUUCCUCCAUUGUAUUAACUAGACAAAAUGUCAACCAAAGGCUAAACAAAUCUGCUAUUCAUGUCCUUUGCAUAGCACAUGAAUGGAAAAAAGCAAAGGAAUAAGUGAAUCUCAUGCUGUGAAUUUAUUAUGGUAAGUCAAGCAAAAAUGGUUCCUUAAAGCUUUGUGUUCCUUAAACCUAGAUGUUAGCUCUGUGAAGUGAGGCUCAUGCAAUGCAACUUUGAGUUUGCAACAAGCUGCUCAUUUAAUGAGCAGACAGUCUGUCAAAUACAGGAAAGGGCAACUCUAACUGGUCUCAGCCAAAAUAAUGGAAUUUCUUGACCAGAUUAUUUAAAUAUUUUGCACCCAACAUACUUAAUGACCUGGUUUCAUGGAUUACGCAUAUAGUCCUGGACUAAAAGCAUUUUUGAAUGGGUAUCUCCAUUGAAGUUACAGUAGGCUAUCUCUAAGUCUAGCAGGCUUGUGCAAAAUUUCAGAAUUUAAUUGAAACCGGCUUUUAAAUUUCAAUUCAAUUCUUGAAUUUCACUUAGUAGCAAACAGGAAGCAGGAUUGUAAUUCGAAUUUUGCACAACCCUGAAGUCCAGGUGAAUGUAUGGGAAACUACCACAUAUGCAAACACAUAUCAGUUGUUGAAACACAAAUGUCAUUGUUAUUUGGAAAAUGUAUAUUCAUUUUGAAUUUGAUGGCAGCAACACAUCUCAAAAAAGUUGGGACAGCUUCACUGCUACAACUCUUCUUUUGUCAAUGGAAGAGACCAGUUACUGGAGUUUUGAGAAUAAAUUGUUAUCUCGUUCUUGCCCAAUAUAUUACUUCAACUGCUAGACAGUCUUCACAACUGUGUUUUGCGUUCAAUGAUGCACCCAAUGUGACAGAUCUUGACUGUCGGCAGGCCAUGUUAGCACCUGGACUCUUAUGGAGCCAUAUUGUUGUGAUAUGUGCAGGAUGCAGGUUGGCACUGUUUGUUGAAAAAGAUGUUGUCUGGAACUGUACACUAACAAUAAGUUGGAUGGUCCCUCUCCUCUUUACCCCAGAAGACGCGGAGUCCAUGAUUUGCAUAAAAUUACACAUUUUUCCUGGUCUAACCACAGCACAGGAUGCCACUUUGCUUCAGUCCAUCUUAAAUGAGCUUGGACCCAGAUAAGAUGGUGGCAUUUCUGAAACAUGUCUAUGGUUUCUUCUUUGCAUAGUUUUUAAGCAGCGUUUGUGGAUGGACCAUCAAACUGCAUUGGUAGACAGUGGUUACUGGAUGGUUUCCUGAGCCUAUACAAUGAUUUUCUGUACAGAAGCAGGUCUGUUUUUAAUGUAGUGCAAUCUGAGGACCCAAAGAUCACAGUCAUCCAAUACUGAUUUUCAGCACCAUCCCUUGUUUACAAAGAUUUCCCUAGAUUCUCUAUAUAUUUUAAUGGCAUUACGUAUUAUGAUACAUAUUUCAUCACAAAUUCAUGUUGAGGAACAUUAUUCUUACAUGUUGUAUUAUUUGCCCACACUUUUGUUCACUUUUGAGAUGCUCUUUUUCUAUCCAAUUAUGGUGCCAGUUAACCUAUUAGGUGUGAAAAUGUCCUCCUUGUUUUCUUUAGCAUUAAACAACUUUUCCAGCCUUUUGUUGCCCCAUCCCAACUUUUUUGAUGUAUGUUACUGGAAUCAAAUUCAAAAUGAGUAUCAUUUUGUCAGUUCAGAUUUGCCAAUUUCAACAUUUGAUUGGUCUAUGUCCUUUUUGCAACUAAAUAUGGACUUAUACAAUUGGUAGAUUAUCACAUUAUCAAGUGUCCCAAACUUGUAUAAGGGGUCAUUUGUAAUAAUUACCACCAGUGUUGUUGGUUAACAUUUCCACAUCCAAUAUUAAUCUCCAUUGACAGAAUAAUUUUAAGUGAAAACAUGUUCCCUUUGAAAAGUGAAACAAUCAAUUUUGGACUGUUCUUUUGGCAAUACAUUUGAUAGGAAAUCUGGUAUUAAACAUGUUCAUUAAAGGGAGCCCAUAUAAUGGUUAUCAAAAUAAACAUGUUUUGUUA